CCGUCAGUGAUGUGACUACUGAGUUGGUUGUCAUUCGCAUUUCACAACUCUUGCUAGUUGCGCGAAUACUUCGGUCUGUUGUGGAUUGUGCGUUAUCGAGCAAGGUGAUCAACACAUUUUCAUGUUGUUUAUAUGACUGGAGAAUUAUGGCGCCAUUAACGAAGGAAAAUAAUUUAUUAAAUGAAGCACAUCACUACGGUUAUAAAAAGAAUUUCCGUACAGCUCUGCCACAGUUACUUGCAGUUAGCGUAAAGAACCUUUUACUUCUAGGGUAUGGAAUGACACUCGGCUUUCCGACUAUUCUCAUUCCUGCUGUAAAAGAACCGGUCGAAGGAGAAAAUUUGCAUCUAGAAAGUUCGGAAAUAUCAUGGAUAAGUUCAAUCAAUUUAAUAGUAGUUCCGGUGGGUUGCGCGUUGUCCGGCAUAGUGACAUCACCGUUGGGCCGUCGUCGCGCCAUGCAGAUGGUGAACGUACCCUUUUUCAUUGCAUGGUUGAUAUUCCACUUUUCAACCAACACUGGUCAUCUCUAUGGAGCUCUUUUCCUAACAGGACUAGCGGGUGGGCUUCUUGAAGCACCAGUGCUGACGUAUGUCGCUGAGAUCACACAGCCGCAUCUCCGAGGUGCACUGACGGCUACAAGCACCUUGUGCAUUACUAUUGGAGUUUUCACACAGUUCCUAUUCGGCCUACUCUUCUACUGGCGAACGGUAGCACUCAUCAACAUCAUAUUUACGAUUUUAGCAGUUAUUGCAUUGUGUUUUGUACCAGAAUCACCUCACUGGCUUGUAUCUAGAAAAAGACACAAUGAAGCAAUGGAGAGCUUACAGUGGCUUCGAGGUUGGACCAGUAAGGAAGUUGUCGAAGAUGAAUUGAAGGAUAUACAAGCUUUGUACAAAAGAAAAGAAGCGGGAACCGAGGAUCAGGAGGAAACAUUGAAAGAAAAAAUUGUGUUGUACCUCGAUAAAACAUUUUUGGUGCCUUAUUUUCUUGUCUCAUUUAGCUUCUUUGUGGGACAUUUUAGUGGAAUGACAACCUUACAGACAUACGCAGUGACGAUAUUUCAGAUGUUAGAGGCGCCAAUCGACAAAUAUUACGCUACCCUCAUCCUAGGCAUCCUACAAAUCCUUGGUUCUAUUACCUGUGUGAUGUUGGUUCAUUAUACAGGAAAGAGACCUCUGACAUUUUUCUCUACUGCAACCGCUGGAAUAUGUUGCCUUCUAGUUGCUGUUUACGAGGGUUAUAUUAAAAGUAACUUGGUAUUAAACAUUACCACGACUUUCGAUGACUUUAACAAUACCACGUUAACUGAUGUCGUUAAUAACGAUUUGAAUAAUCCAUAUUCUUGGAUUCCUACUGCGUUACUUUUAAUAGUAGCUUUCGUUACUUCUGCUGGAAUACGACUUCUUCCUUGGAUUUUAAUUGGAGAGGUAUUUAGUACAAAAACAAGAUCGGGAGCUGCGGGUUUGGCCAGUGCUAUUGGAUACAUCUUCGGAUUUUUAACUAACAAAAUAUACAUCAGUAUGUUAGAAAAACUGUCAAUUUUGGGAACAUAUACCCUUUACGGAUUUAUUUGUUUGAUCGGUUGCUUAGUAUUCUACUUCAUUUUGCCAGAGACCGAAGGAAAGGCAUUAAUAGAUAUCGAAAAUCAUUUUGCCGGUGUAAAAAGAUUGACAAAUGAAGUGUACAAGACAAAGAAAAAAGAAUAUGUGGAAGCUUCUAAGAUGCGAGAUUUGAAAGGAACGUCGAAUCCAACAUUUGAAGGAGACAAUGCGAUUUAAUAAUCAAUAAACUUUAUUUAUAUAAUUAAUAAGUACCUUAAAUGUUUAUUUUUAAGCCUCUUAGUUAAUAUUAUUUUAUCAGUGACUAUUACUGCUCUGAAUUA